CGAGUAAGAACCACCACUCUGUGCCCGAGGACUUACAUUUUACCUUUCUAUAAACUCGUAUUUCUUUCUCGUGUAACAUCAUGGCAUGUGGAUAUAUCGUACCCAUUUUGAUGUUGAUGGUAGUUGGAGCAGCCGAUGCCUAUAUAUGGAGCUGGAUGUGGAGUAGUCCAUAUCAACCACAAUCGGACGAACAUCCAGACAUGAAAAACCACCCCAGAAAUAUACAUCGAGUUCUGAAUCCUGAUUUUAAUGGCACCAUAGACUAUGAGCCAUGUAUGAAUGACAAGACAUGUGGUCGCGGUCGCUACUGUGAUAAACAUUAUGGUAAUUGUCGUUCUCACAAGUUGGAGUCACAGCCCUGCAGAAGAGAUGGUCAUUGUCAAAAAGGAUUCGAUUGCAUGUUUGGAAAAUGCGUCAAAGCAUUAAAGUCGCGUAGUCUUGGUGCAAGAUGCAAGAACGACCGAGACUGCGAAGACAAUAUGUGUUGCGCGAAGCAACAUGGGGAAUCCAUAUGCAAAGCUAAGCUUAAAGUUGGUUCCAAGUGUUACGUACCGGAAGGUGGUAUGGAAUACACAAUCAAUACCAUAUGUCCAUGUGAGGACACACUGGUGUGUAGGAGGGCGCCUAUAGAAAAUACAGAGUAA